ACCACUGUCCCCAAAUCCAUGGCAAAUGCCCUCUGGAACACCAGGACCAUCUCCUACUUGGGAUGUGCUGCCCAGGUCUUUUUCCUCUUUUUGUUUGUAUCAGCAGAGUUUUCUCUCCUCACAGUCAUGGCCUAUGAUCACUACAUUGCCAUCUGCAGACCCCUGCACUAUGGGACCCUCCUGGGCAGCAGAGUUUGUGUCAAAAUGGCAGCAGCUGGCUGGGCCACUGGUCUGCUCUAUGCUCUCUCACACACUGUGAACACAUUUUCCAUACCACUCUGCUAUGGCAAAGUCCUGGACCCGUUCUUCUGUGAAAUCCCCCAGAUUCUCAAGCACUCCUGCUCGGAUUCCUACCUGAGGGAAGUUUGGAUUAUUGUGGUUACUGCCUGUUUAAUGUUUGUGUGUUUCAUUUUCAUUGUGCUGUCCUAUAUGCAGGUCUUUAGAGCUGUGCUGAGGAUCCCCUCUGAGCAGGGCCAGCACAAAGUCUUUUCCAUGUGCCUUCCUCACAUUGCUGUGGUCUCCCUUUUUGUCUGCACUGCAUUUUUUGCCCACCUGAAGCCUCCCUCCAUCUCCUUCCCAGCUCUGGAUCUGGUGCUGGCUGGUCUGUAUGCGAUGGUGGCUCCAGCAGUGAAUCCCAUCAUCUACAGCAUGAGGAAUAAGGAGCUCAAGGAUGCUCUGAGGAAAGUGAUUUCAUAG